CUGUGUCAGGAAGAAGGGUCUCCAUGGAACCACUCGUGGUCUUGGCCCUCACUCUGUCCUGUCUGCUUCUCCUCUCACUCUGGAAACAGAGCUGUGAGAAAAGGAAGCUCCCUCCUGGCCCCACUCCUUUCCCAAUUAUUGGCAACAUCCUCCAGGUAGAUGUGAAGGAUAUUUACCAAUCCUUUACCAAGCUAUCAAAAGCCUAUGGCCCUGUGUUCACUCUGUAUCUGGGAGGGCAGCCCACUGUGGUGCUGCAUGGUUAUGAGACAGUGAAAGAAGCUCUGAUUGAUCAUGGGGAGGAAUUUGCUGGAAGAGGAAGGCUUCCAGUAUUUGAAAAGGUUUCUAAGGGUGUGAUUAAGGGCAUUAUAUUUAGCAAUGGGAAUGUAUGGAGGAACAGGAGGCACCUUUCACUUAUGACCAUGAAGAAUUUGGGCAUGGGGAAAAGGAGCAUUGAGGAUCAUGUUCAAGAGGAAGCUCUGUGCCUUGUGGAGGAACUGAGGACAACCAAUCAUUUUACCACUGUUUCCAAUUCCUCAGGCUCACCCUGUGACCCCAUCUUCAUCCUGGCCUGUGAUCCCUGCAAUGUCAUCUGUUCCACUAUCUUACUGAAUCAUUUUGAUUAUAAAGAUGAGGAUUUUCUUACUUGA